GGCUGCAAGGCCCACGCUGUUCGCGGCUGCAAGGUCCCGUCUCCUAGAGCUUGUAGAUCCGCCGGCGCAAGCGCAGGACAUCGCGUUUGCUUCGCUCGACUUGUAACCCUAGUCCCAUUGCCGCACGGCGCACCCCCUCCCCUCCGUCUCGCGCCGCCUCCCUUUGCAUCGCCUGCCCGAGCUCCUUCGGCUGCACCCCUCCCCUCCGUCUCGCCGCCGCCUUCCUGCCCGCGGGCAGGCUCCUUCCGCUGCCUCCGAGAUCCUUCCGGCUGACGGCGCGGUUGUCAUGGCCCUCCCCCUCAUCAUGGAGCCCGAUCAGCGGUUGAAUCAAGCUCAACAACUAGCAGCAGAAGUUUCCCGAUCAAUUGUCUCUGUCGAGUGGAUGGCUAAGCGUAGAAGUAGAAAUGCAACAUCUGUUCUUUGUGCUGGUUCUGUCCUGCACAAGUCUGCAAACCACACGUACAUUCUAACUUUUUUCCUGAAAAAUCCUAGACACUUCGACUUGCUGGUUCGGUUUCACGAUCAUGAUCAAGGGGAAAUAGCUGCAGUGUCGAUAUCUGGAAUAAGAGUAGUUGGAGAUGCCAAAUUGCCAUUCAUUGUUUUGCGCAUGGAAGGCAUUCGUGAGAGUAGCAUACCUAUUCAGUUUAGAGAUGAGCCCAUGAAGUUCUCAAAUGCUCUUUGUGUGGUUCCGAAGACAAAAUCAAUUUUUCAUAAAAUCCUUGGUUUUAUCCCGACACCAUCUUGUGCAUCAAAUGACAUGACUGGUAAUAUUCCAGAAAUUACAAAUGACCAUUUUAUCUUUGUUUGCGCACCCCAAGAUACAGAAACAAUGAAGUCAGCACCGGUUUUUCAUGAAAAUGGUCAAGUCAAUGGGUUUGUCAUUGAAGACUGCAGUCUACCCUUUGCUCGUGGUGAUAAACCUGGUGACAAAUUCAUUGACAGGGAAGCCAAAAUAUGUGUGAAACCAAGACAUUUAGAAGCAUGGUUGCGGCAAGUAAGUGGUGAUAAUGAUUGGAGGGCAGGCCUAGAGAAAAUGAAAGGGUGAUUUUGGUACAUGAAAUGCAAUACCUCUCAGACGUGUUCUCAUGAUGGUGUAUGAUAAACAAUGCAGCUCCUCUCAGAUGUGCUAGCAGCUGGACUUUUGUUGAGAAAAUUUUAGUACAAGCACUGUACAAGGUUCUGCAUUCAGUCUCUAAAAAGUAUCCAAUUGUACUCUACAUAAGAGAUGUUGAGAAGUUUUUUCACAAGUCCCCAAAAAUGUAUCUUCUGUUUGAAAAAUUACUAAACAAGCUUGAAGGGCCAGUGCUUGUCCUCGGAUCAAGGAUUGUAGAGAUGGACGUUGAUGAGGAGUUGGACGACAGGCUUACUGUUUUAUUCCCGUAUAAUAUUGAAAUCAAGCCACCUGAAAACGAAAAUCACCUUGUAAGUUGGAACUCUCAAUUAGAAGAAGACAUGAAGAUGAUUCAGUUUCAAGAUAACCGGAAUCAUAUUUUGGAAGUCCUUGCAGAAAAUGACCUCGAGUGUGAUGACUUAGGCUCGAUAUGCCUAUCUGAUACAAUAGGCCUUAGUAAGUAUAUAGAGGAGAUUGUGGUAUCUGCAGUUUCAUAUCACUUGAUGAAUAACAGAGAGCCGGAGUACCGAAAUGGAAAAUUAGUUAUAUCUGCAAAGAGCUUGUCUCAUGCAUUGGAAAUUUUUCAAGAGAACAAGAUGAGUGAUAAGGACAGCUUGAAGCUGGAAGUGACUGCUGAUGCCUUGAAGGCUGCUGAAAAAGGAACUGCUCCAACUGCUGCAAAAUCAGAAACAAAACCUGCAACUUUGCUGCCACCAGUACGCCCUCCUGCUGCCGCUUCUGCUGCCCCUGCUGCUGCUGCUGCUGCUGCUGCUCCUGCAGUUGAGAGCAAACCAGCACCAGAGAAGAAGGAUAGUCCACCUCCAGCUGCAAAAGCACCGGAAGUGCCACCAGAUAAUGAGUUUGAAAAGCGUAUUAGACCGGAAGUUAUACCUGCUAAUGAAAUUGGAGUCUCAUUUGAUGAUAUCGGUGCCUUGGAUGAUAUCAAAGAAUCCCUUCAUGAACUUGUCAUGCUGCCUCUUCGACGGCCUGACCUCUUCAAAGGAGGUCUUCUUAAGCCUUGCAGAGGUAUAUUACUUUUCGGCCCUCCGGGAACUGGAAAGACAAUGCUGGCCAAGGCUAUAGCAAAUGAAGCUCAAGCAAGUUUUAUAAAUGUCUCGAUGUCAACUAUCACGUCAAAGUGGUUUGGGGAAGAUGAAAAGAAUGUCCGCGCAUUGUUCACAUUAGCUGCCAAAGUAUCGCCAACUAUCAUUUUUGUUGACGAAGUUGAUAGCAUACUUGGGCAGCGGAACAGAGCUGGGGAGCAUGAAGCAAUGAGGAAGAUCAAGAAUGAGUUCAUGACACACUGGGAUGGACUCUUGUCAAGACCAGAUCAGAGAAUUCUUGUUCUUGCUGCAACUAACCGGCCUUUCGAUCUUGAUGAGGCUAUCAUUCGUAGGUUCGAGAGGAGAAUCAUGGUGGGUCUGCCAUCAAUGGAAAGUCGGGAACUGAUUAUGAGGCGGCUUUUGUCAAAGGAGAAAGUUGAUGAAGGGCUGGACUUUAAGGAGCUAGCAACUAUGACAGAAGGAUAUAGUGGCAGUGAUCUUAAGAAUCUAUGCACCACGGCAGCGUAUCGCCCUGUGAGGGAGCUGAUACAGAAGGAAAGAAAGAAGGAGCUGGAGAAGCUGAAGCGUGAAAAAGGAGGAGCUCCGUCGGAUUCUACAAAGAAGAAAGAAAAGGAGGAGCCAAUCAUUCUAAGGCCACUAAACAUGACAGAUUUGAAGGAAGCAAAGAACCAGGUGGCUGCAAGUUUCGCUGCCGAGGGCGCCAUAAUGGGUGAGCUGAGGCAAUGGAACGAGCUGUACGGCGAAGGCGGUUCCAGAAAGAAGCAGCAAUUGACAUACUUCCUUUGAGCAAUCUGAAUGCCACACGCAGAAUGUAUGGACAUAAUUUGAAAGAGUAGUAGAGUAGAGACACAAAACAGCCGUGACGAAAUAGGCCGAACAUGUAUAACAACAUGAGGAGAAAUGGGGGAGUGUUAGGGGACACAAGAAAUCAGGCCGUAAAAGCCGGUUUCUGUUGUAGAACAAGGAAGGAAGAACAGUUCUAUCUCCACCUUAAAUUCCUGUUUGCUUGUGCUGUUUGUUGUAUUACACCAAAUAAUGUAAUCUGCGGCGCAGAUUGUUCCUCUUUUCUUUCUUUCUUUGUA